UCUGUCUCCAUCUACUGGGCAGAGAUGUUGGAUUGACCAGUAUCUAGGCUAGACUGAGUUCAGAGGCAUUAGAGGAGACAACCAAAAUAGCUCAUCGAGGCCCAAAUUUAUUGAUCCUUCCCCCCCGGAGAAUUUGGCUCUGUUCGAAGAUGGUUGACAAAUCAAAGAAAUGAGGGCUUCGGUGAUUUAUCCGCAUUUCAGAUUCCUCUGUGUUGCUGAAUUUCCUCCACACCUCAGACACUGACAGCAGCAUCAGCAGCAGCAGCAACAGCAGCAGCAGCCAGGAUCGGAGUCCUGCUGUCCCGUGGAAAUAUCACGGCACCGAGCCGACAGACGCAUGGAACAUGGCUGCUAUGAGGACUUUAACCGUGGCGGGUCUGUUUUUGGCGUUUUGCGCGUUGGGACUGAUAGCGGUGGCGAUCAGCACUGACAACUGGUACGAGACGGACGCCAGGAGGCACCGGCAGCGCUGCAAGAAUUACUCAAACAAAAGAAACGACCCCGGCUACAUCUACAUCUCCAACAACAACCUGCCGCUCCGCAUGCUGCCCAAAGAGCAGAGCGCGGAGCGGAAAGGCUCCGGCGGCGGCGGGAUGCUGCUGCGGGCUAAGCGGCACUUCUUGGAUCCUGCCCCGGCCAUGGAGUCCCUCUGCAGUCGGCAGUACAACUCCACCAUCACCGGACUGUGGAGAAAGUGCCACCGGGAGGGAUUUGACUUGGAGACGGAGGAUUUGAUCUUUAAAGGAUUGGUUCCGCGCUGCACACCAAUAAAAUACUACUACUCCUCAUCAGCGCUCCCCAGAAACCUGCCAAUCAAUCUGACCAAGACAAUAAGGCAGGAUGAGUGGCACGCACUCCACCUGCAGAGGAUGACUGCCAGCUUCAUAGGCAUGGCCAUAUCCAUCAUCCUGUUCGGAUGGAUCAUUGGAGUGCUGGGCUGCUGUCAGGAGCAUGAUCUGAUGCAGUAUGUCGCCGGACUUCUCUUCCUCAUGGGAGGGACAUGCUGCAUAAUCUCCCUCUGCACGUGUGUGGCUGGGAUCAACUUUGAACUGUCCCGCUAUCCUCGCUACAUGUUCGGGAUCCCGGAGGACAUCAGCCACGGCUACGGCUGGUCCAUGUUCUGUGCGUGGGGCGGACUGGGCCUCACUCUGCUGGCCGGCUUCCUGUGCACACUGGCCCCCUCCCUGUACCCACCACAGACCCCGGUGGUGCACAAGCCCAGACAGGAGAACGGCUGUGUGUGACACAUCUAACAGACACCUGUCUCAUCCUGAAACAGUGACGAGCCCUGUUCCAGAGACAGUUUUACCCAUGCAGGGACUCAGAGCAGAGAGAGAGAAAGAGAUGGAUGGAUGGAUGGAUGGAUGGAUGGAUGGAUGGAUGGAUGGAGAGCCUUUACACAGCUCGGCACAAAGAAAGCACAGAACACUGGCUCUCACUCACAUGAAAAUGAUGAAGAAGUGAGAUUUGACUGAAGACGAUUUUCAGUUCCUCUGGUGCUUUUUUUCUCCCUCGUCCCUCUUUAUGAAUGAACUCUUCAGUGUCAUUGCUUGCUCUUCAAGAGGAGAAUAUAAUAAUUUCUUCCUGUAAAAUCUGCUAGUUUGAGAAAGAAAAAAAAACAACAAGAAAAAGACAAACACUGGCAGAAGAUCAAUAGGACAACUUUGAAGUCUGUAUUGAAGAUCAAACUAUGGAUGUGUACCGUCAGAUUUGAAAAAGGGCAACUGUGUAUCAUUAUGUACCCGUUCAAAACAAGAUAUGUACAUGUACUUUUUGAAUUGUAUGUAUGCAGAUGCAUUUGUGUUUAUUCAAGGAAAAAUAUGAGCAUUAAGACCAGACUGUGUUUGAGGGAAAUGUUUUGUUGUUCUUGAGGUCUUACCCCCAUCAAAAUAUUUUUGAGAAAUAAAACAGCCAUGCAAAACUGUA